CACAACACUGUAGUUACUGCAUUUACUUAACUUCAGGCUUUUACUGUGAUAUGUCAAAUUGCACUGAGUAACAUAAUUAACAGUGUUUACAAUGGGAUUGCUAACAAUACUUAAGAAAUUGAAGCAAAAAGAAAAGGAAAUGCGCAUUUUAAUGUUAGGUUUAGAUAAUGCUGGUAAAACUACUAUUUUGAAAAGGCUCAGUGGAGAACCAAUUGAUACAAUAUCACCAACUCUUGGUUUCAACAUUAAAACUUUGGAUCACCGUGGAUAUAAACUUAAUAUAUGGGACGUAGGUGGUCAAAAAUCAUUGCGUUCUUAUUGGAGAAAUUACUUCGAAUCAACAGAUGGGCUUGUUUGGGUAAUUGACAGUGCAGAUAAAAGAAGAUUGGAGGAUUGUAAAGCAGAAUUAUACAAACUUCUGCAAGAAGAAAGAUUAGAAGGUGCAAGUCUUUUAAUUCUUGCAAAUAAGCAAGAUAUGCCUGGAGCAUUGUCUACGUCAGAUAUUGCAGAAAUUUUGGAAUUAUUUAGCAUUAAAACUCAUCAUUGGAAAAUAUAUAAAUGUUCUGCAGUUACCGGAGAGAAUCUUGUAGAAGGAAUAAAUUGGAUUGUUGAUGAUAUUUCUGCAAGGAUAUUUUACAUAGACUAAGGAAUAUAUUAAAUUAUGUAAAUUAAAUUGAUAGUAUUAUAAUUUUUUUACCAAGUUU